UCAGAUGUGUGUCAGAGUGCUGCUGUCUCUCGGCCAUGGCCUGUCUGAUGGCUGCCUGGUCCGUCCACAACCCCACUGUCACCAACUCCAUCAUCAUGAAUACCAACGGGCCCCCCGACCUGAUGUUGGAUCCCCGGACAGUUUGUGUUUGUAUGGAUGAGGUGGUCAACAAGCGGCUGGCGGGCAGCCAGCAGACGCCACUGCUGCAGGGACACCUGAAGAAGGUGGACAACAACCUGAUGGAGGCCCAGAGGUUCUCCUCAUUACCUCGCAGACCCGCGGUCAACAUUGAGUUCAAAGACGUCUCCUUCGUGGUCAGAGAGGGACCCUGGUGGAGGAAGAAAGGUUACAAAACUCUGCUCAAAGCCAUCUCUGGGAAAUUCACCAGUGGGGACCUGGUGGCUAUCAUGGGGCCCUCAGGAGCCGGAAAGUCCACGCUCAUGAAUAUCCUGGCCGGGUACAGGGAGACGGGGAUGAAGGGCGAGAUCCUGAUCAACGGGCAGCCCAGAGACCUGCGCUCUUUCCGGAAGGUUUCCUGUUACAUCAUGCAGGACGACAUGCUGCUGCCUCACCUCAGUGUCCAGGAGGCCAUGAUGGUGUCAGCCAGCCUGAAGCUGCAGGAGAAGGAGGAGGCACGCAGAGACAUGGUCCGGGACAUCCUGAUGGCUCUGGGUCUGCUGGAAUGUGCUCAAACCAGGACGUCUCACCUGUCGGGGGGGCAGAGGAAGCGGCUGGCCAUCGCUCUGGAGCUUGUCAACAAUCCGCCGGUCAUGUUCUUCGAUGAACCCACGAGUGGCCUGGACAGCUCGUCAUGUUUCCAGGUGGUGUCUCUGCUCAAAGCUCUGGCUCGAGGAGGACGGACGGUUAUCUGCACCAUCCACCAGCCGAGCGCAAAACUCUUCGAGCUCUUCGACAAGCUGUACGUGCUGAGUCAGGGUCAGUGUAUCUACAGGGGACAGGUGUCCAGUCUGGUCCCGUACCUGAGAGACCUCGGGCUGAACUGCCCCACGUACCACAACCCUGCUGACUUCGUGAUGGAGGUGGCGUCCGGAGAGUACGGGGACCAGAUGAUCAGGCUGGUGACAGCAGCUCAGGAGAGGAAGUGUGAGAAAGACCACCAGCCCGAGCUCAACGGAGACAGCACCCUCCACCCCUUCCUGUGGCAGCGCACCGAGGAGGAGAGCUCAUCGUCUGAAGGCUGUCACAGCUUCUCUGCUAGCUGCAUGACGCAGUUCUCCAUCCUGUUCAGGAGGACCUUUCUCAGCAUCCUCAGAGACUCGGUAGUGUUCCCGGUGGUGUACUGCAGUAUCGUGUACUGGAUGACGGCUCAGCCUCCGGACGCUGGCCGGUUCUUCCUCUUCCUGUCUCUGGGGAUUCUGACAUCUCUGGUGGCUCAGAGUCUGGGUCUGCUUAUCGGAGCCGCCUCCACCUCUCUGCAGGUGGCCACGUUUGUGGGUCCGGUCACGGCGAUCCCGGUUCUGCUGUUCUCCGGGUUCUUCGUCAGCUUCGAUACCAUCCCCUGGUACCUGCAGUGGAUGUCCUACAUCUCUUACGUCAGGUACGGGUUCGAGGGCGUCAUCCUGUCCAUCUACAGCCUGGGUCGUGAUGAUCUUCACUGCGAUGAAGGUGAGGCGUGUCACUUCCAGAAGUCUGAGGCAAUCCUCAAGGAGCUGGACAUGCUGGACGCCAAACUCUACCUGGACUUCAUUGUCCUCACCAUCUUCUUUUUCUCUCUGAGACUCAUUGCUUAUUUUGUCCUCCGGUACAAAAUCAGCUCUGAGAGGUAGAGCGGGGCCGGGAGGAAGAGGAGGAGUCGCAGAGCAAGAGCCCGGAGGCCGAAGAGCAGCUGUCCAGUUUGUCUCCACUUUGACUCGCUCUUAAACAACACAUGAAGAAGAGAUGGCGUGUGAGGACACCGCAGGCCUACAGGGGCAGAUCUCAUGGUCUCAUGGAGGUCCUGUGGGUCCAGGAGCUGGUCUUCUGGAUCCUGGAGGUUUCACCAUGCCACAUCCUGACUGAUUUCUACUUUUUAGAAUAAAAGCCUCUGCAGUUGCAGGAUGAUGACAUCUCUGCCUCUUUAGUUUAUUGCUGAGGUCAAAGGUGAGAGCAGCACAGAGGCCCUGAUUUCCUGAGUUCUGUCCUUCACGUUUAAGCAUCCUGCGAGCCUCUGCAGAUCCACUGAAGGCAGUGAUGCAGGAAUGUUUCAGAUUUCGCAAAUCCUGGAAAACUGUUGGAUGAAGUUUUCGGCAGUGCAUUUAAAAGUUUUUUUAAUCUUCCAUCCACCCGACCGACAUUCACACACAAAGACACGUGAUUUCAAACAAACUAGAUC